AUGUCUAGGUGUAGUGGAAAGAACGUGGCUUUACGGGGGAAAAGCCACCCAGUAAUCAAUAUUGGCCUUUAUUAUGUUCUAAACGCCAUUGAUGGGAACCGUGACAUAUGGCUCCUGCACACUGAGACUGAACCUAACCCAUGGUAGUAAUUGGACUUGCUUAAUACCUAAGUGUUCUUCAUUACCAUCACCAACAGAAUUGAUUGUUGUUCCAGCAGACUGAAUGGAGCUGAGAUCCGGAUGGGAGACUCUCUGGAUGACAACAAUGGCAACAACAAUCCCAGGGCAAAUGAUUCCAUUUCGGGCGCCUUCAGCACCUUCCAUUGUAACAGCAUGGAGGGACAAUACAUCAACGUGGUCAUUCCAGGGAGGAAGGAGUACCUGACCCUGUGUGAGGUGGAGAGCUACGGGGGCACCACUGGACUGAUCUGAACAUUGAUAUGCACAUAUUACUAACACUCAAACUACAGCAACCAUACACUGUCUCCUGGGCUUUUCAUUCUUAUUCGUAAAUAAUCAGACUCUGUUUUAUUGACUGUACAUAAGUAAUGCCUCUGCCAUUUUAUGGCUACUAAAGUUAAAGUAUUUGGUGAAGAUAAAGAGUGAAUCUUAAGCAUUUCACGCAAUCACAUCAUGUGAUCUAAACAAGCAGUUAAUGAGAUGUUUAAUAUAGGUCCAUAAAUGUACUAAUCAUCAGUAAAGUAUAUCUGCACGACCUAAUAUAAAGUGAGGGCUAUUUAUACUUAAUAAAUGUUUUGAGUGACAAGUGGAAUUUCUCACAGAAAGAUGGACAUGCCAUUGGUAGACACUCUGGCAGUAGCUGGUGCUCCUAAUAUUAUAAUAAUAAUAUAUGCCAUUUAGCAGAUAUUUUGAUCCAAAGAGACUUACAGUCAUGCGUGCAUAAAAACUUCAAGCAUGGUUGGUCCCGGGAAUCUAACCCACAAUCCUGGCAUUGAAGGCGCCGUGCUCUACCUACUGAGCCAUACAGGACCACCUCCUUAAUUAAGAUCUCAAAACGGCCGCUAGAACGUAUCAAUGGUUAAACAAUAAGCACGAAAAUAUAUUUGUUUUAUUCCAAAACAGUCACACUGUUGUGGUAGUGUGAAGUGUAACUUUAAACACACUCUAUACUGAGUAAAGUUAUGUUUUUUGUCUGAAAAUGCUAAUGUUGGCGUUUCUUGGCGGUGACUUUUCUACCAAAACCGAUGUGGAUUGCAGACACUCCCUUAGUGCUUAAGCAGUAAGGAAACAAAAUUUAGAAUACAUCAUUUUACUGAACUACCCCAUUACGUUGAAAGCGUUACUACCUAUAUAGGCCCAGUAAAAGUCCCCGUCAAAUAAAGCAGUGUGAAAAUAGUCUGUGGUUAAAAGACUGAAGCGCUGGAAGCAUUUAAAGGUUAUAUACAUAUGACAUACAGUAUCUACCUGCAAAUCAUGUAACAUUUCUACCUCAGUCACAUUUCAGUAGCAAUCAAGGAAUAAAAAUCCACUAGAGAAAACCUGCCUGGUCCAGCCAGCUGUUGUGUGUAGCCUACAUCUCCUUGUUUUAUGAUUCGUUUGCGAGGUCGACAACAUUAGCAAAAAUGUGCAUUAUAACUCUUCCUGACGUCCUUGCAGCAGUUUUUUUUUGUGAAUAAAAAGUUUGAUAUUUCCUUAAACUUCCUGUGUUGUGCUUGCUCUUUUACCGUUGAUAUGUUAGGCUAUUUUGAGACCUUAUGGAGCAUCAGGUACUUCUAAAAUGUCUACCAAUCAAAUCAAAUAUUAUUGGUUGCGUACACCUAUUUGCAGAUGUUAUCGCAGGUGCAGGGAAAUGCUUAAUGUUUCUAGCUCCGACAGUGCAGUAAUACGUAACAAUACAAAACAAUGUACACACAUCUCAAAUAUAAAAUGAAAGGAAUGUCAGAGACUAUAAUAUAUAUAAUGGUGUGCAAAGACAGUAUGAAUAGAAAAGGGGGUACAGCAGUAGUUAUACAAAACAGUAUGUGGGUACAACAUUAAAGUGACCAGUGUUCAAUGACUAUGUAAAUAGGGCGGACAGACAGAUAGAGCGAGCUUGGUUGAGCGUUCUCUGCCCGAAGACAGCCCCGCUUCUCGCGCCAGCUUCGACCAAACAGAAUUAAUUGGCUCGUUUGCCAAGAAAAACACUCUAAUCAGUCAGUUUCCUCUCAUUAAAAGUGAAUUAGUUUGACACGAGUUCCCUGCAGAAGAAAGUAUUGGCCACUUAGAGCUAAUGGAAAACAUCACACUGAGGAGCCGGUGGAGAUGGAGAGAGGAACUGACACACAGCAUGUCCACAGUCCACACACAUGCAGGCUACGCGAGCUAAUACACUAACACACAGUCACACAUACACAGUCAUCAGUAGACAUUCAUUAAAACAUAUUAAGGAGUGUCAGAAAGCAGAAAACAAACACAUGGAGGAUAGUGAGGGGUGGACUAUGCACUGUAAGAAGUCUUUAGUUCUGCUAAUGAAACCCGUUACCUAGAACCAUUUGAGUAACCCAACUCAAAGUAUGUUAGUGUUCAGUACUUAAAGUAUUAAAGUAACCACCGCCCAUGUGGUUAUCUUUUUAAGUUCUAAGUACUGAACUGUUUUUUGUUGUACGAACGUUUUGACACUAAAUUGAAUUGUGUAUUCUGAACUAUAAUGAUUGAAGUUACUUGAACAUUGAUAUUUGUUGUAUUGAACAUAAAAAUGUAGUGUCCAUUUCACUUAAAUGAUUAACCUUCAUUACACAUUUUUUGUCAAGUGUAAGUAGUUCUGAUUAGUCAUUUUCAGUGGUCGUGUCCUAAUGUUUAACAUUGUUUUCUGUAUUUGACGAGUUGACAUUUGAACCCGUGCUCAUUCCAGGAAGCUGUACGCAUUGAGUGGUGUGCAUGACCUUGUUCACGGUGGGAAUGGCUUGUCUCGUUAUUAAAGGUCAAUUUGCUUGA